GAGCGAGUGAGCGAGAGAGACGGAGCGAGGGAGCGAGUGAGCGAGAGAGACGGAGCGAGGGAGCGAGAGAGACGGAGCGAGGGAGCGAGAGAGACGGAGCGAGGGAGCGAGUGAGCGAGAGAGAGACGGAGCGAGAGAGACGGAGCGAGGGAGCGAGUGAGCGAGAGAGAGACGGAGCGAGAGAGACGGAGCGAGGGAGCGAGUGAGCGAGGGAGCGAGUGAGCGAGAGAGACGGAGCGAGUGAGCGAGAGAGACGGAGCGAGUGAGCGAGAGAGACGGAGCGAGUGAGCGAGUGAGACGGAGCGAGUGAGCGAGUGAGACGGAGCGAGGGAGCGAGUGAGACGGAGCGAGUGAGACGGAGCGAGUGAGACGGAGCGAGAGAGACGGAGCGAGAGAGACGGAGCGAGAGAGACGGAGCGAGAGAGACGGAGCGAGUGAGCGAGAGAGACGGAGCGAGUGAGCGAGAGAGACGGAGCGAGUGAGCGAGAGAGACGGAGCGAGAGAGACGGAGCGAGAGAGACGGAGCGAGAGACGGAGCGAGUGAGCGAGAGAGACGGAGCGAGAGAGACGGAGCGAGAGAGACGGAGCGAGAGAGACGGAGCGAGAGAGACGGAGCGAGUGAGCGAGCGAGAGAGACGGAGCGAGAGAGCGAGAGAGACGGAGCGAGAGAGACGGAGCGAGUGAGGGAGAGAGACGGAGCGAGUGAGGGAGAGAGACGGAGCGAGUGAGGGAGAGAGACGGAGCGAGUGAGGGAGAGAGACGGAGCGAGUGAGGGAGAGAGACGGAGCGAGUGAGGGAGAGAGACGGAGCGAGUGAGGGAGAGAGACUGAGCGAGAGAGACUGAGCGAGAGAGACUGAGCGAGAGAGACUGAGCGAGAGAGACUGAGCGAGAGAGACUGAGCGAGAGAGACUGAGCGAGAGAGACUGAGCGAGAGAGACUGACACGGAGCGAGCGAGGCGGACAGAGCGAGCGAGUGAGUGAGACAGAGAUGAGUGAGUGAGGGAGACGGUGACGGACGCAGUGAGUGAGACGGGGAUGGAUGGAUGGAGUGAGUGAGUGAGACGGGGAUGGGCGGCGUGAGACUGAGUCAGAGAGACGGAGACGGUCUCUCAAUCACUUACGGAGACAGAGACAGAGAGCGAAAGAGAGAGAGAGAGAGAGAGAGAGAGAGAGGAGACAGAGCCCAAAGGAGAGAGAGACAGAGCGAGAGAAACAAGGCUGAAUCAACUCCACAGAAGAGAGAGAGACUGGGUUUCUGCAUCGGUAUGCCUGCUCCUGCUCUCUCAUUUCCACCAUAUGCCGCUGCUGCCUCUCUGAGGAGACCUGGACUCUGUUUAAAAUGCCAAUCGCCUGCUUGAGGCUACUCCUUCAUCCUCAAUCAUUUACAUGUAACAUUUAUACUCUCUGUUCCCGGCGUGAGAGAGACCGGGAGAGCCUGAGUGGAUGACAAUAUCCUUGCUUUUCUCCUUUCUGCUGAAGUUCCUGUGGCGAUUAGCAGAACGGGUGGUUUCGACUCUUUGGACACUAUCCGUCUGAGCUGUUCGUGUUUGGAGAAAAAGACUGAAAGGAGAGGACAACAUUCUCUGGGAACCAUCGCACUCCAUAUCACCUGAGAUAUUGGGGAACGUGUGACUGCAUUUUUAUGAGACAAACCGGUAUUAUAGUAAGCGAAGAUUAUAAAAGUUGUUUGACCUUUUUGAUGAUAUAUUUCCCCCCUGCUCUUCAUGCAGCAGGCACACAGCGCUGCACAUGUUGGCUGUGUCUUUUCUGAGGAGAGAACGAGAAGUAGGAUGAGAGCCUGCCAGAAUAUUUGUCCUCUGCUAUCUGUGUCAUUCUCUGUGUGACUCGUCUGUGCAGUGAGGGGUGCCCUGGGAGACUCCCUAGUCGCUGAUCGUGGGCGAGUCUUCAACACUGCUGCUGACAUGGCAGAGGGAACACAGCUCCUCUCUUUGGGGCACCGGCCUGGUCUGCUGCUGAGCUAGGACUUGGACCAGCCACUGACCAUCCCCGGCCAAGUUCCAGUCCUCUGUCUCUGGAUCUGGUUUCAGACCAGGGGCUUUCAGAAGGCUCCCUGGCUGCAAGAUGAACUCUUCCUUGGACCUGCUGGACCUUGAGCUCCUGAACCAGAGCGGCUCUCCUUUCUGCCUCCUAGACAUGGGCUACUCCCAGAUCAUCAACACCUGUCUUUUAGAGGUGGCCAUCAUCUUGCUCCUUACAGUUCUCAUCAUCUCUGGCAACCUGGUGGUGAUCUUUGUCUUCCACUGUGCUCCACUGCUCCACCACCACACCACCAGUGCCUUCAUCCAGACCAUGGCCUACGCAGACUUGUUAGUUGGGGUCAGCUGCCUCAUCCCUUCCCUCUCCCUCCUCCACCACCUGAAAGGCCUGGAUGAAGAGCUCACCUGUAAGGUGUUUGGUUACAUGGUUUCCGUGUUGAAGAGCGUUUCCAUGGCGUCACUGGCGUGCGUUAGCGUGGACCGCUACAUGGCGAUAACGCGGCCGCUGUCGUAUGCUACACUGGUGACACCGUGCCGGAUCCGCGUGUGCAUCCUCCUCAUCUGGCUCUACUCCGCCCUCAUCUUCCUGCCCUCCUUCUUCGGCUGGGGGAAGCCUGGCUACCACGGCGAUGUGGUUGAGUGGUGUGCCAUGGAGUGGGGGACAAAGCCGCUCUUCACGUCAUUCAUCGUGGCGCUGCUCUACGUGCCGGCAGCCAUGACGGUCUGCUUCACCUACGCCAACAUCUUCCGUAUCUGCCGGCAACACACAAAGGAGAUCAGCGAGCGCCGCGCCCGCUUCAGCCCACAGGAGAGCUCUCUGGGACAGGAUGGCCAGCCGCAGCACGCGCCGGCGUGCACGGACAAACGCUACGCCAUGGUGCUGUUUCGCAUCACCAGCGUUUUCUAUCUCCUUUGGCUUCCCUACAUCCUGUACUUCCUGUUGGAGAGCGCUGGAAUCUACCGUCACCCCGUCGCCUCGUUCCUCACCACCUGGCUGGCUAUCAGCAACAGCUUCUGUAACUGUCUGAUCUAUAGUCUAACCAACAGUGCCUUCCGGAAGGGUUUAAAGCGUCUAUGUUCAUUCUGCAUGCAGCGUGUGGACAGUAAGAAUCCUUUUGGCCCUGGGCCGGGGCACGGACAGGGGCCAGUCUGCACACGCUCCACAUGCCAUGUGUAGGACCUCUCCCAGAGACCCGUGUGACGGUCGAGUCAGUGUGUCGUGUUGCUAAAGCACUAAGUGUGUCCCAUGUUGAUGCUGAGCUACGGGGAACAGGCUUCACAGGAUUUUGUGUUGCUACGGUUGUUUCCAGACAGUUGGAUGGUUGCGUUCCUGGUCACAGCUGGCUCUGACAGGAUCGGCUCCAGGACCCGAGCGUUUUGAGCCCCGCGUGGGAAGUACAGCCCAGCCUCUGCCAUGAGAGAGGUAGAACAUGGAGGGGGAGUGAGAGUCAGAAUAAGGAUGUGGAAUUACAGUAACCUAACCUUUGACUCCAGUUACGGAUGACAGAGAUAUGGCUACGUUGUGUCAGCGUUUUGCCGUGGAUGGAGUGGUAGUUGAUUGAACACCUCCCUUCUGACAGUACUUGCCAAAAACACAAACUGUAAGAACACAAGAACACAUGUUCUUGUGGGAAAAAUAUGUUUGAGACUGUGUAUCUUCCUAGCAGUUUGUGAAACAAUGUGUAUUUGUGCCAUGACUAUAGUGUAUUAAAUGCAACAAAGUACUCACAUAAUUUAACAAAACUGAAAAACACUUUAAUACUGAGCUAAGGGGAGCUGUCAAUAACUUAUUUACAUUUUUUCCCUCUGAUGUGAUUUUAUUUAAACACGGAAGCAGAAUAUUUACAAUAUUGUGCUCUGAAGGGUGCAGCAAGCUCAGACUCUGAAGAGAAGCAAGUACUUCAUAAUUCAUUUAUAUCUGGGCUGUUCUGAGGCAGAGGUACGGGCAGAGAAAGGGAGGACCACUUUGUUUAGAGGUUUAAACACCAGGACUAGUUUACUCCCGAGGGAUCAGAGUAAUCAUUGACUGGAUGACUUUUGUUUCAACAAGCUUCCUUAUCAUCAGCGCCUGUCUGACUCUGUAACCAAAGUACAUUGCAGACAGACAGUACGUUCCAGUUCGCUUAUGAGGAGAAUGUGGUCGUUGUGUCAAAGCAGAAGAUUGAUUGAAAAUUGAUUGUUUGAGUUUCUGAGUAGUUUUUCAUCUCCAAAGCGUUGUUUGUUGCAUCCGGUAUUAACAGGCCAAUACCAGUGGGCCUGAUUAGUGACCUUUACUGUCUUCAUUAUCUAAGAUUUUUCUGAUGAGACUUUCUAAAAGAAAGAGUGAGCAAACAUCCACAUCUGAUUUUUUUUUUUUUUCGAUGUCAAAUUUUCUCUUCCAAUUAUCUGGUUACUCAACGUGGUCUCAGGGCAAUUCGUAUUAUUCUGUACAUAAAUCUGAGACAUUUCUUUUAGUAUGCUAUAUUACUUUACAUUAUGAAUGCAAUUGCGGUUGUACAGUAUCAUAUGAUUAUAAGAUAUGGUCAAAAGUAUCAUUCGUCUUACCUGGCCGUACAAUAGCAUACGAAUUGGAUUAAUUAACUUAUCAUAUGUCUUGAGUGGGAUGUAUAGUAUUAUACGUCUUUCUCUGAGGCCAGGUUGCUUGUUGCGCCAUAACAACAAAGGAUAAUGAUGAGAAUAAUUUCCUUUGGUGGUUAGGCGACAACAAUUGCGUCAAGUUGGAAGUUUAAAAAAAAGUUAAUAGCAGCCUAAAAUACGAUAGCAAACCUUUUAAUGUGUGCACAAUGAACUUUUUUGUUAUUAUUUGUGAAUUCAUCUUUGAUAGUAUAUGCUUGUUUCUGUGCGUCGACGUCUCUGCAAUGCUCUUCCCUGCCGUGCAAAAUAGACUCAAGCGAUCUCCGCUUUCGCGGACGUGCUGCUUUUUCAAGUUGCAUAGCAUGUCUCAUAGGUCAUCGUGAGUUGUUAACCUGCGGCUCGCGUUAACGGUGACGUGACGGCAUUAUAGUCUGGCCAUGGGUUAAUGACCGUGAAUGUUGAGAAAGCUGUGAGCUGCUGUCAGCGGAGGAACAUCGGCCCCUGGCCAAGUGUCGUAAAGUAUUGGCUGCAUUAAUUUACAGUAUAAAGAAACAGAUAGAAAUUAAGAUCUCAAUGUUCAACUGUUUCCGGUCCAAUGUUACUAGUUAUUUAUUAGACCUUUCACAGGCUUUGGCCUCUUGAAUAUUUUCUCUCUCUUUUUAUGGCAGCCUACUCCUCCACUUGGGAGCAAAUAUACAAUAUACUUAGUAGCUUUACUUUCUUAGUUGACCAAAGUUGAAUGUGUGUUAGAUGUUAUAUAUUUCAAAAAGAACGAGACGGAAUGAGAGAUGUAGAGAGAGAUAACGUGCAAUUUAGGGCUAUUUUUUUUUUAAUGGAAUUUUUCAUGUUAGGAAUUUUGCAGUGAUGACGGUAUGGACAGACAUUGAGUUGGACUACUGUAUUGUUAGGCUGCCUCUGCAAUGAAUACAGUGCUGUUCAUCUUUAUGUAGGCUAAAGUUCCAUGUUACAUUUCAAAUUUGUACAUAGUCUUAUGCAUGUUUUGCCUACUGUAUAUAUUUGAUUAGGUGAUUUGAAUAAGAAAAGCUCACAAUUCAAAUAUUGUCAAACUACAAACACUUUUGGAGACUGUCUUUGCGCAGCCAAAGGGCAGAGUGCAAUACGUUCAUCCUUCCUCCAUUCUGUCCGCUUUAUUGAAGAAUGUCAACACAGACACCAUUUGUUUUAAUAUAUAUAUAUAUAUUUCCCUCCUCUACAUUUUACCACCGGUUAUUGAAACAAUAGAGCUGUUUCUCUCUAUUGACCAUGUGAUGUUCCUGAACUGUUGAUAUUCAGAGUCAUCACACGUUGUUCACCACUUUAUUACUUUCACAUGACUUUCUCCGUGACUCUUCUGCCCUUUGGGGAUGGAUGUGUGUGUGUGUGUGGGGGGUGUGUGUGUGUGUGUGUGUGUGUGUGUGGGGGGGGGUGCUUUGUAUGCUACUAUGUUUGUGCGACUGCAUAGUUUUUAUUUUUAUUUUUUAAAUAAAUGUUUGGGUCUUUUUUAGUGUGUUGGAUACUGACAGGCAGCUCAGUUCUCUCGAAACAAAUAUUUGCUCACGGACGUAUGCCAAAUAUCGAUUGGGUUUCCUACUAUUGUACUUUCAAACAGGCUCUUAUUUUGUUCAGAUACUGACCACUUAGUUUUCCCGAUGAGGUGGAGAAUUCAGGCGUUCUUCUUUUGAGGAAGAUAGGAGUUCAACAUUCGACAGUAUCCCCAUCUAGGUGAACUCUAUUCAAUCCAGCAGUCAGUUGACGGUUCUUUAGAAAGGGGGCAAAACUGGGGGAAAGGUUUCUUGCUUUGCCUGUUUGCUGAUGUACGUUUUUGGGACAUUUCAAUGCCAAAGAACCACGGCAAGUCCUUUUCUUUUUUUUUCUGUAUGAAAACAUCAAAGGGCUAGUGAUCCCGGGGGGACUCCAACUCCCACGAUGACCUGCUCUCGACAGUGCCAUAUUAGGACGUUGUGAGACCUGAUAUGAUGCUGGAAACGUCCAUGCCAAAUCUGGGACAGUUUUGUGGCCCAAGCUUUACUAGAGGACUACACACCCAUGCACACAGGGUACACACACACACACACACACACACACACACACACACACACACACACACACACACACUGUUUUCCCUUCUGUUAUCCAGCAUGUCCUUAUUGAAUUUUCUCAUAUGUAUUUUCUUAAUGCUCUAAAUUGUCAGGCCAGGCUCUCUUAAUAGUUAGCUCAUGACCCGACUGUAUUAAGUGGCUCAGCUCUUUAUCAGAUUAAGAGGAGAAUGGACGCAUUAACAAGAAGGCCGUUUGGCUGGAAAUGUCCCUAAACAUGGUUGAAAAUGUGACUUAAAAAAAAAAAUGUGUUUAAUGUUUAACAUUGGUUGAACUCUCUUCAAUGUUUAGAUUAUUUGUCGCAAAUGCUGGGUAAACUGAAUGUUGCGGGGGCUUAAACAUAAUCAUGUUCUUCGUGUUAUUUAAGGCUAGUUAACUAACUCGGUACCACGAACCCUUGUAAUGAUGUCAUGUUGUAGAGUUGUCCUGAGAUAUUUCUAUUCUGGUAUAUUGUGCUGCACUGAGCAAAUAAAUGUGAUCUUAUCUAAAGGAAUCACACUUCCUGCUUGUUAUUCUUGCUUUGUGCUUUAUGAAAAUGUGUGCGUGCUUGUGGGCUCACCGAGCUUGUACACUAUAUGGGCGUGAGUGUGUGUCAGUGUUACCACAAAUGCAUACCUGCACAUGAUGGACACGUGUUUGUGUACGCUAUCGACUUAUCGUUACCACAAAUAGAAUACCAGGGAUCAGCAUUUCACCACAUCUUCAGUCUUUCAGGUCCCUGUAUAUUAUGUGUGAAAUCAGGCAAAGUUCGUCUGAAGAAGAGCUUCUUUCAUAUAUGGGUUAUUCUUAGCUCCCUACCUGGAGCCGAUAGACUGCUAGCCUGGUAGCUAGCCUGGUAGCUAGCCUGUUAUCUAGCCUUUUUGCUGGAGCCAGAGGAGCUAGCCGGCUGUACAGAGGAAAGGAACAGUACCACACCGUAUACACACAGACACCUCUGCCCAGCCUGGCUCUGUAUUCAGGGCAGAGGGUGGCUGUCUGAGGGAGGGCAGGUUGCUCCCCCACACAGGGCCUGAGUAGGAGACGGAGGAGAGCCCUCUCUCCCACCCUUCCUCCUCCCCUCCUCCUCUUUCUCUCCCUCCCACCAUACUUCCUGGAGUAGGGCUUUCAUCGCCCCACUCCAGGUCUCAUAAUCAGCCCUAAGUAAGAAAAACAACAUGCCAUUUCAGCCAUUG